CGAUGAUGCGUUUUGGUCAUCUUGCUCCUUCGUGAGGUUAGGGUCCGCAUAUCUUUCCUCUUUGCAGAGAGCAUUCACAAAUUCGUUCUUCAUUCAAUUCACAAACUACAAAAUCGAAACUCUUGCCUUCAACAAUAUCCAGUUUUCUUCCAAUUUAUUCCCGUAUUGUGCUUUCGUGAAUCGUAAAGUAAUUGAAAAAUGGGUGGCCAUGGCGGUUUGAACAUUCUCCCUCAGAAACGUUGGAACGUUUACAAUUUCGAUAACAGAGAGAAAGUCCGAAAAGACGAAGAAGCCGCCGCAAGAGACGAGCAGAUUAAACGCGAACAAUCGCGAAAACGCGAUACCGAGGUCCGUCUUGAGCGCCUCCGUACCUCUCGAGGUUUGGCACCGACUAUUCCCGAACCUGAACCUAAAACCGAACCUAAAGUCGAACCUGAAGUUGAAGUUGAAGUUAAAGCAGAAGCAGGUGAUCCAGGUCACAUUAACCUAUUUGAAGGAAUUAAGAUUUUCGAUCCGAUUCGAGUACCGAAGAGAGAUAUUGAGGGUGAAAAAGAGGAAUUGAAGAUGAAGACUAAGAAAUUGAAGUUGAGGAAAGAGCCUGGAGAGUCUUCGAUUCGCGCCGUUGGUCCUGAAGAUGAGGUGUAUAGGUUAGGUUAUGGAAUUGCUGGGAAAGGGGUUCAAUUGCCUUGGUAUGUUCAAAAUAAGAAACUCAAUGAUAAUGAUGAUGAUGUUGGUGGUGUUAAUGGUGAAAAUAAUGGUGGUGAUAGGAGGGGUGAGAAGAGGAAGAAGACAUUGCAAGAGUUGAGAGAAGAGAGGCUGGAAAGGGAGAGGAAAGAGAAGGAAAGGGAGAUGGCGUUGAGACACCCGAAGCAAAGCCGCAGAGAAGCUUUUGGUAGUAGUAGAUACUACAACAGGAGAUGAUUGAGUCAAGGGUGCUGCACUUUGUGAUCUCCCGGGAUUUUUCCUUCUUCAUAUGGGAAUUGUGCUGGCUACAUUCCUGUAAAUUUAUUGGAAAUUUGCGCAAGCAUCGUCUCCCAUCCCUCCUCUGACUCGUUGAGAAUAUUGUGACAUAUUAUAUACAAGGUGGUUCGAGUGCGAUGAUGAAUCCAUAGUUUGUAUCUACGAUAUAUAUGUCCUUGUUCUGUAAUAUGGUCAAGAUCAAAUGUGUUACCUAAUGAAAAUGAAGAGUUCAAUUUCUCAUUUGUUUAACUUAUUACUUCUUGGAUUGGUGGAGUUUCUUUAGCAUGUGCUAGGUGAAAUGCAUACUGAACAAAAAUUUAAUCAUUGCCUUGUAUGUGAAGAAAUCGUCUUUAUGAGAAUAAUGCAGUUGUUUGUUUGAAA